CUUCGCAUGGCUUCCUUUUCCAUUAAACCUCUCUUCUUUUCAUUCCCUUUCUUCUUCCUUUUCCUUUCCUUUACUCACUCUGCAACCAUCACUCUCCAAAACAACUGCACUCACACAAUCUGGCCCGGCAUUUUAUCCGGCGCCGGAACCGCCCCUCUCUCCACCACCGGUUUCCCCCUCCUCCCCGGCGCUACUUCUCUCCUCUCUCUCCCCACCGCCUGGUCCGGCCGCAUUUGGGCCCGCACUUUCUGCUCCACCGAUUCCUCCGGCCGCUUCUCCUGCGCCACUGCCGACUGCGGCUCUGGCCUUGUCGAAUGCAACGGCGCCUGCGCCGCCCCACCCGCCACUCUCGCUGAAUUCACCCUCAACGGCGGUGGUGGCUUCGAUUUCUACGACGUCAGCCUCGUCGACGGCUACAACAUUGCGAUGCAAAUCGUACCGGAGGGUGGAAAGUCAGGAAACUGUACGGCCACCGGUUGUAUUGCGGAUUUAAACGGGGAUUGCCCAGAGGAGCUGCAGGUAGUGAUGGGCGGCGGAGAGGAUGGUCGGAACCGGAGCGUGGCGUGCAAAAGCGCGUGUGUAGCGUUCGGGAAAGCGGAAUAUUGCUGCAGUGGGGCGUUUGCAAAUCCUAACACGUGUAAACCGAGUAAUUACUCGAAAUUCUUUAAGAACAAUUGCCCAUUGGCUUACAGUUACGCCUUCGACGACGGAACCAGCACCUUCACCUGUAUGUCGGCCAAUUAUGUCGUCACUUUUUGCCCCUCGCCGUUGGCCAGUUUCAAGGCUUCUAGCAAACCACAACCGCAAGCGGCGGACGUUUCAGGCAGCCGACGUCGUGCUGCACAGCCGUGUUUAGCUAUUCUCACCGCAGUUUGGGUGGCCGUUUGGCGGCUGCGGCAUCGGAAUAAUCUCUAAUCCUUUACGUAAUUUUCAAUGGGAUUUUAUUUUUUAAAAUUCUUAAUUAUAUUUUAAUACGAUAAAAUUAAGAAUUAUAAAAGAUUAAAAUGGCCAAUGAUAAUUAAGUAAAUGAAUUAGAGAUUAUUUAAUUUAUUUUGCCAUUUUAAAUUAAUUUAAUUUCAACGCUCACGCUUGCUCUUUUGGAAUGGUUUAGAGGUUACCAAGUGGGCCCAGCCCAAUUACUUUUGGGCCACAUGCUGACAUAAUUUGGGCGGCUGCAACUUGUACUGUGGCCCAUUUGUUUUGGAUUGCUUAGUCAGCUCUCAGCUACUUCUGUUUCUGUAUGUUUUUUAUUAUUAAAUUUAGCACAUGAACGACAUGUCGGAUGUGACACAAAUUAUUUGUAUA